GGAGCUACGGUGAAGGUCACCAAGGUCAUCAGUCGUCCGUAUUGGCGGGGGUUUUCAAUUCAUUACAAUACAAUGCAGAAAACAAAUGAUUUUAUGGAUGUCUCUGUUUAUCAAUACUGGAAAGGCAGUAUAGAUUUGAGGAUUAUCUUUAUGUUUGCUCUUGAGGGCCUUGGCCCAGUGUUGGGACAGGUGGGCCCCUGAACAUUUCAUUCUCAAGUACACAGAUGAAAGCUUGGAACAUCAAGAGAAGCUCCAGAAAGAAGCAGAAGAGAAAAUGAGAAAGAAGAGGAGGAAGAGAACAUGGUCAGAAAUUCUUCAAGAAGCUAGAGAAAAGCGAGAGAAGAUGGCAAAGGAAAACAGUGCAAGUUCUGCAGAAGAUAGUAGUGUUGGUUCUAGUGACAGUGAAGAUGAAGAUGACGACGAAGCAGUAGAAGUUCCAAUCACAUUUCCUGAAGCCUUACAUGCAAAGCUAGAAGAUGACUGUUACUUUAUCACAUCCAAAAAGCAGCUGGUGAAGCUCCCACCAGAACACACAGCCCUGUCACUAAUGGAGACGUAUGUGAAGGAUUUUGCUUACCGGUGUCAGGCUCACAACGUCAGGGUUCAUUUGAGGCAACAAGGUACCGCUGGGAUGCCUGUAUCUCUUACCACACCAAAUAGCAACAAUGGAGAUUCUGUUGUGCCACCUCCGCUUCCACAGUUCAAUGUUGACCUAUGCAGAGAAGUGAUAGAUGGUAUUCGUAUACUAUUUGACUUUCUCUUGCCAACUAAUCUUCUCUACGAUUGUGAGAGGGCUCAGUACAAUAGCCGCUACGCACAGCGCCCUCUUGAUACCAAUGGAGUAAAGGAUGACACUGCAAAGAUAAAGCCAUGUACCAAUGGCAAUGUAAGGGCUACAAGACGAUGGAGUAUGUCGCCCUCUAAAGAGGUCUUACCACCAGUCCUAGAACCUCAGACAGCUGAAUCUCCACCUGUCCUCAAACCUGAGGCUGUAGUAGAUGGGAAGAAGGAGAAGCAGGAGCCGGCUCCUGCAAGAAGGAUUACCAGAAGGUCAUCAAGCAGUAGCUUUAACCAGUCAUCACCACCUCCACCACCGCCUCCAACUGUAUCAUCAACGAGGGAACUUCGAUCAUCAGACAGCCAAAGACGUAGGAGUGCUGACAUCAAGAUAUCUUCAUCUUCAGCCAACUCAGUCAUGACGUUGACUCACACCAAACGAGAUGAGGGCGAUGCCACUACUACCACCACCACCACCAACAAAGAACUCACCAACCACCAUCCUCCAUCUCGUAGCCUGCGUCAUUCUUCCAGGCUGGCAUCCUCCUCCUCUUCCUCCUCCUUCACGCCCUCUCCCCCAGUCAUCACUAACAUGGACUCCAUCCCUUCCUUGGAAGCCUCAUCUUCCACCCCUGCACCACAGACACCGCAGGUCCUCAGCAACGGUGACAACAAAGACACCAUGAAGUUGAGGGGUAGCAGGGGGUCCUUGUCAACGGCUGAUGUUGGGAAGAUUCCGCAGACGGCGGAGCUUAGCAUCAAGGAGGAAGAUAAUGAUGAUGGAGUGUUUAGUAUAGAGAAGAAUUGUUGGAAGCUUCUGCCCGACGGUGCCCACUAUAACGGAGCAGAGCCGCCAUGCAGGGUCUAUGGUGCUCAACAUCUAUUAAGACUCUUUGUUAAACUACCGGAAAUUCUUGGACGUAUGGAUCUACCGGCCAAGAAACUCAAGCCUCUGGUCAAGCACUUAGAGAUGUUUCUUAGGUGGUUAUCAGCUACAGAGCAACUUUUGGAAUACUUCCCAGACAAGGCUUACGUCAGUGAAGCACACGCUCUCAGGGACAGGGGAGAUAGUAAGACAAAGAGAACAGUGGCUGUAAAAUGAAGCUAUUUUAUCAAGAUAUACACCUGUGGGUAUUGCUUAAACAUGCUGUUAUUUUUUUUCAUGGUAAUCAGCAAAUUAAUAAUUGAUUUUCGUCAGUGAUUUUAGUUGGAAAUUGAAUAUAUACCAAAUAGAGUCGGUCGCUAAUCCGGAUAGAUAGCUGCGAAAUUAAGAAUGUUGUUGAAGAUUUGGGAGUUUGGAUGCUGACGAUUCAAAUUUUGUGUCUGUGUUGGUGCUUAGUUGGAAGCACUGCCUUACCUAGCUCCAAAAUAUACAUACAAAAAGUGAUCAAAAAUUGCAUUAUACACAGCUCAGCACCUAGUGAGAUUCAUCAAGGUACCAGCUUCAUUCUGAAUUUGGUGUUAUGCUGACAAAAAAAAAACACCGAGACCAACAGCUCAACUCCAAACUUGAUAUCGCUCAAUGCUGUUACAUGUAUCAUACCUGCCAACGCUUCCUAGUAAAUAGGAAUAUUCCUUUCUGGGGAAAAAGUAAAGUGCGAUUUUAACCCGUUUUGUUUCUAUUUCUGUGAAGUUUAUCUGUAUCAUUGAAUAUUGAAUUUAAUAAUUUCUGAUUUUAUUUUUUUCUCUCCUUGGUUAUCAGGGUUGGCAGGUAUGCUUAUUUUUCAUAAUGUAAAAGAAAUAUUCUCUGAGCCAAGAGAUUACGUUCGAAGAGAUUCAAGGCUACAAAUUUAAGACAAAUGUUGAACUUGUACUUAGUCAGGAAUAAUAAUAUUUAUAGUGGCUACUUAUGUAGCACACAGGUCCAUCUUUCAGUGCUAAUGGCGCUUGAUGUACUAUUCUAUGAAAAUAAAAAUCUAAACGUUGAAAGAAAAGGCAUGGAGGAAUGCUGUGAGAAGAAUAUUCUCUGACAUGCUAGAUCAUGGUUCACUUGUAGAGAUUAAAAUUUGCAAAAUGAUAAGGAACAUGUUUAGUUAUUCAUGAAGAUGUAGCAUUCUAUGGAAGUGUUCAAAAGUAGACCCACUUAAUGAAUAAACAUUGAUUGCAAUGAUACAGUAAAAUCCACUAUAAAAGUGAAGAUGUAUGUUUUAUUUGAUUGAUGAUAACAAUUUUGAGGAUGGGAAUAUACAGUAACUGGUUUCAAUGGCAAUCAAAGUUGAAACAAUUCUAAGACUUUAUAAUUAAUUACACUUUAUUGUCCAAGAAGAAUUUAUGGCUGAAAGUUGUUAGAGAAAUGACCAGUAGGUGUAGCAUUUUACUGGCUUUUGUACCAAGUGCACCUUUCAUCAUUACAUGGUGCUUCGUGGUGUAGCAGUUCUGACUCUUGCCUUGUAAUCAGAGGGUGGUUUGUUCGAAUCCCACCAUUGCCUGGCGUCCUUUGGCAAGGCGUUAAUCCACACUUUGCCACUCUCCACCCAGGUGUUAAACGGGUACCCAGUAGGAUGUGAAAGCCUAUAUGUAGUAUGCCUAGCAAUUGAGUCUUGGAACUCUUGUUGAAAUGCUCCCCAGGGAGUGGAGAAGGUGCAUACAUUUUAUGUGGGCAUGCAAGGAUCCGAUGACCAGGGUAAUAAUAUGUCUGUAAAGCGCUUAGAGAUGUCGUUCCGAUGUAUUAAGCGCUAUAUAAAUGUGGAAUAUUAGUAUUAUUUCAUCUACAAGAAAGGGUAUGGCCUGGAUGGUAUAUAAAUGUUCUUAUUUGAUUGCUCUUGGUUAAUAUCACAAGGUUCUGGAAUAAAAAACAAGUCCCAUGUAAUUAUAUACAUAUAUAUAUAUUACAAAAGUAAAAAUCAAUUUUGCAUUUGGAAAUUAUUUACUUUUAUGAUGACAGUUUUUGUAGGACAAUGGCUGUUGCUUGGUGACAAAGCACUUAAAAUGUCCUGAAAAGUCAGCAGGUCAUGGCAGAGGCGGUGGACCAUCAGGCUCGGACAAAGAAAGUGGAGGGGCACCUUUUGUCUGCCAAACAAUAGGUGCCCCACCACUUUCAUUGUAUGAGCCUGACAUUCCGCCGCCUCUGGGUCAUGGCCAUGAAGUGGUCUCUAUUGAAUUAUGGAAAUCAAGAGAAUAUACAUACAUGUAUGUCAAGAAGUAAAAAUUGUUAAUUGUUCGAUCAUCAUGGUUUCUUGAUUUAUUUAAAUUACACUUGCAAACUUGUAGUAUAAAAAUAUUGAAAAGAAAUCAUUCUCAACAAAGUAUUCUGUAAUAAUUCAUUGGUGUAUAUGAAACAAAUAUUCUGAUGAGCCUGUACAGUUAGAGAAGAGUCCUUAUGUGUAUAGUUACAUUCCUAUUGUUACCUAUUUUUGUUUUCUUUUUUGUCUUUGUUUUUUGUUGUAAUUUGCAAUGUUACUAAAUUGUUUGUUUUAUAGAAAAAGAUAAAUAACAAGAAA